UGGUUGCUCCGGCGAUCCGUACACUCAUUGUGUUUGCAUGGCCGUGUGUGGAGUGUUAGCGAUCAGCGCUGGUCUGCGAGUUCGGAGCACGAUGGCACAGAACGUGCAGAAUGUUACCCUGGCUCUCACCCUGCCGAUCACAUGCCAUAUCUGCUUGGGGAAGGUACGACAGCCCGUCAUCUGUGCCAACCAUCAUGUCUUCUGUUCUGUAUGCAUUGACUUAUGGCUGAAGAACAAUAACCAGUGCCCAGCAUGCAGAGUGCCUAUUACUUCUGAGAAUCCUUGCAAAGAUAUCAUAGGAGGCGCAGGAGAAAAUGAAUCCGUGCUUAGUCACUCAGUCCGAAAGCACCUACGUAAAACUAGACUUGAACUUCUUCAUAAAGAAUAUGAGGAUGAAAUCGAAACAUUGCUAAAAGAAAUAGAAGACCUAAAAAGAACAAAUGAUGAUUUGGAGAAAAAGCUCAUUGAGCAAGUUUCUCCUACAACUCCUCCUUUACCCAGUGAAUGUGAGAUCAGUGAAACUGAGGAUAAAAAUGGCAUCCGUGCAAGAAAGCUAGAGGAUAUCCUGAAAAAGCUUCAAGCCGCUAGUGAUAGUAUUACAAAGUUUACAGGGGACAUUGAGACGCUAAAAGAGGAAAACAAAAAGUUGAGGAUUGAAAACAUUGAAUUUGGAAGAGAGAAUUUGCGUCUAAAAAGCGAAGUAGUUGGCAGAUCUCCUCAAAAGUUUGGAAGAUUUACAGUAGCUGCGUUGCAAGCAAAGGUUGAUCAGUAUGAACGGGAGAUGAACAGGCUUAAAAAAGCUCUUGAGAGGAGUGAUCAAUAUAUAGAAGAUCUAGAAGGUCAAGUUGAAAAACUGCAACAGCCCUCUGGUGUGAAUCAAAAAGGAAGAUCAAACUGUGAAAGCAAUGAGCAGACUGAAGAAAAUGGGAAUCAAGAAGUAGUUGGUACUGCACAUGACUGGAGAGAUAUUAACCUAGAGGAAUUCUGUAAAGAAAGUGAUCCAAGCGAGUUCGGAGAUACUCUCCCUUCAUCAAGUAGCUGUGCAUCCUCUGCAAACCAAAUAAAUGUGUUUGCAGAUAACACAUGGUCCAUUAAUUUACAAACUCGGAUUUGUUCAAAAGUAAAUGAAAAUUUGGCUGACGAUGGUAUUUGGAAACGAUCACAUGAAAAAGAUAAACUGGAUGAGGAUAAAAGUGAAACUUGCACACCUUCUAAAGGAAGAGAGGUCUCAGAGUACUGUAGCCCAAGUAAUUCCUUGUUGCCAUUUAGUGCUCUUCAACUAAAUACCCCUAACAGCAAAGACGCUCCCACUGUACAACAAAAAAGUAUAAAAAAGCCUUUGACUUAUCUUAGAAAAUUAUUUUUUGAUGACUUAAAAAAAAAAAGUGAAGCGCCCUUUCUUGUUCCAGGAACAAUAAAAAGUGAAAAGAGCCCAACAAACUUCAUGGAGUCAGAUUCAUUGUUCUUGAGUUGCCAAAACAAUGGUGAAACCCAGAAAGAACACCUUCAACAUGCUCAACAUCAAUUGGUGGAGCCCAUACAAAAUCAUCCUGUACAGCAAAGUUUGAUCAGUGAGUGCCAAGUAACAAGUGAAGAUUCCAUUGAUGCUGCCUAUUUCAAUAAGGUAAAUGAGCUGGAUUCCAUGAUAUCUGAAUCAGAAAACCACAGAAGCCCAUUUCUCGAAAACCAAUCAUCUCAAGCAACAUCCUCCUCAACAAAUGCUACAACACUUCCAAAUGAGCAUAAACAAAACGGUGAUAAAGCCUUUGGAGAAUCUCUUAUCCUCCAGUCUAUGCAUUCACCAGGGAAUAAACCUCAAACGUCUGAAGCUUUUUCCAUUUUUUCUUCUCAGUCACCUUGGCACAUGUCCACAAGUGUGACAAACUUUGAAUGCAAGGAUUCAGAAUUUUUGAAUAAUAUUGGCUUCCAAACUGAUCAUGGUAUCCAAAAUACUGUGUCACUUAUUCCUUUGACACUUUCUAAAGACCAGGUUUCCGUAACGUCUCCUCAAAAUAAAAUCCUUAGUGGAGACGAAGGAAUGGAUUACACCUACUCAUGUGUACCUUCUAAAAAAAAUAGCAGUAGUCCUGCAGCAAAACGAAAACUACUUAGCUGGAGUACCAAAGACCAACUUAAAGUCCUCAAGUAGUAACAUUCGUGGUUAUUCUUUUAAAAGGGCACUCCAGGCACCGUAACCACUUAAUUUCCUAAAUCUAAUUUCCAUGGAGGAUCCUGCAAGAUUGGGUUUUACCAUAAAACAAAGUAGUCCCUUCUUUGUCUUGUAUCUUUUGACUGUAGUGAUAUGUUUUGAACAAAGUCUCGAUCUUAAUGAUAAAGAUUUGAACUUUAUGCAAUGCUAGUGUGUCAGAGCAAUUUUAAUAUGAACAUACACCAUAGGAUUAAUGCUAGAUUGGAAUUUUCUUAAAGGUUAUACAUGUUUUGAAACAUUUGUGUAAUUCCUUCAUAAUAAAUACAGAUUUGGUUAAUAACCAGUUUU